AUGCACUGUGAGCCUACUGACGUUGCUGACAUCACCUGCGAUGAUUACUGUGACGAAAACUGGAACCAAAGUGUCUGUUCUUGCGAGCCGGACAUUGGGCGAGGUAGGUCGUGCGUGAGAAGAUGGGCUUAUUACAAGAGCCUGGACAAGUGUUACGUGCUCUAUUUCGGGGACCCUAUAUUUAAGGAAAACGAGAACAAAUUUACGUCCAAAUUGGAGUGCAACAAAGUGUGCGAAACUAACGUUCUAAGAAAGUGCUACAAACGAUCACUGACGAGCAGCGACAAAGGGGAUUGUUCGAUGGUGACCUAUAAUCCAAGGUUCGGAAGUUGUAAAAUCGCGGUUCCGGACGACCGAAAGGGUAAAGACGAAAAUUUAUUUCACAAUUUUAAGAAUAGCAAGUCAGAAUGCCUAGCCGAGGAUUUCCGCUUGUGUUUCAAUCCGGCUGAAAGAAUCUGCAAAUAUUCAGAAAACACAAGCCCAUUUUAUAAGUACAAUUGA